AGCCUCGGCUGUACAAAGCCGCCGAUCCCCGAAUUUGGACCUGCGAGAAUCCAUUUCUGUUGCACCUUCCCCAGGGCAUCUCCAUCAAGGCCCAAGCCAAGACCUUCACCUGCGAGAAUCCUCCUAUGCCACAGACAGUUGCAUUAAGUGGAGACCCGAGCCAGAAGUCUUGGUGAAGAGACCUCCAGAAGACUUUUCCCCCCACUCAAGUCGUUUUGGGUUCCUGGAACAACAGGGGAAUGGCUGCCAUGGCAGGACAAGAAAGUGAAACCCAACUGUGCAGCAAUUGUCAGAAAGAUAUUCCUCUGGCAAACUUUACCAUCCAUGAAAUUCACUGUAGUCGGAACAUUGGGAUCUGUCCCGUCUGCAAGGAGUCCUUCCCAAAAGCAGAAAUGAGGACUCAUCAGGAGCAAGAGCACGCACAGAUUGUCUGUAAAUGCAGCAUGAGAAUGGACAGAGGUCUCUUGCAGGAUCAUGUAGCUUCGGAGUGUCCCUUGCGGCCUGUUGCUUGUCAGCACUGUGACAUUGAGCUUACCUUCAGCAAGCUCCAGGACCAUGAAGAUUAUUGUGGUGCCCGGACCGAGCGAUGCAGCAGGUGCAACCGCAACGUCAUGCUGCGAGAACUGAAAGCGCAUCCCAACGACUGUGGAAAGAAGGCCGAGAGAGAGCCAGUUGGCCAGGCUAGGCCUUGUUUCAACUCCGAGGCCGCUUUGCGUAACAUUCAGACUGUCAGGAAUGUCCUGCGGCCCGAUUCCUCUAGAGAGUCGCCCUUGAGGGGCAGCAGGUUCCUGGAGAGCCAGUUGCAGAGUUGUGUCUCGGGUGAGCAGCUGCCCAGGGAAUCCAACUGGAGGAGCAGAGUUCCAUCACCACCGGAUCUGAAUCGAGCCCAUCUGGAAAAGGCAACCACUCCGCUGCCUGUGGAUGGAGAGUCAGACUACAACUUGGAUUACCUGCUGGCUAUUAGCUUGCAGCACGAAAACAGCUUUGGUCAGCCCAGCGUGGCAGAGCUCCACAGAGAACUCUGGAAGAAUAUCUGUCCCCCGCAAACCAGACCAACCGACGACUUUGGCGAAGCAAAGAACUCCAGCGACUUCUCUCGAGAUUUGCUGGUAGCAGCUAACAUCCUGAACAGGCCCAAAACCGAGACCCUGCUGCCUUGCGAAUUCUGUGAGGAGCUGUACCCUGAGGGAGAUCUGAUCCUUCACCAGACUGGCUGCAACCCAGCAAGUGCUUUGGCCUCCUUCAGCAAGAGGAGCAACGUGGUCCCACCGGCAGAAUGUCUUAGCAGCCUGUGGGGACAGCUGCAUGGUGGACAUCCUAUUGGCAGCGGAGAGACCUUGCCCUUCCAGCAUGACAUCCAAGACAGCCUCAUGCUCCCUUGUGAAUUCUGUGGGGUCCAACUUGAGGAAGAGAUACUGUUCCACCACCAGGACCAGUGUGAUUUGCGCCCAGCGACUGCCCCCUCAACAGGAAGAACGUUUGUGCAGUCAGGGGCUCCAGCCCUGGAAAGUUCUGCGGGAACCAAGUCCCCUGAUCUUCCCAGAAGAUGCAGCCGGCACCAAGGUGAGAUCUCCCCUCAAUAUCUUGACCAGCUCAAGCAGAAGAAGCCUUUUCAGCCUGCUCAGAAGAGCCAGUCCCAGGGCAGCUUGGUGGCUGCCAGACACAUUCAGUUGGCCUCUCCCGGCAACAGGAGAGAGGAUCCGGUUGCGCUCCCCAAGGGAUGGAAGCCCAAACCGCUGGGAGGCGGCGAAGGGAGAACACCAGGCCGAGGCCCAGGUGACCCUGCGGAGGCCUCUCUGCCCGUCAGACGCUCUUCCCUAGACUUUCCUCCCAGCAGCUACAUCCCAAGCUUCCCUGUUACACUUCCAACUCGCCCAAGCGUAAGACAGGAACGAGGACAGAGUCCUACAGGUCCCCCCCGUUUCAAUAACUCUAAGGCAAAACCGUGGCAAACGAAAUCAGCCAAUCCUGAUAGUGAGUGAGGGGGAAGCGUUUGGGGCUGCCUUUUCCUGCAUUUCUCCCAGCACAAGGACUUGGUUUCAUGACGUGAUUUUCGCAGGAGCUGUGGGACUGGCCUUCCGCACCUUCCGAUCACGGACGCAGCAGCAGGAUCCUGUGAUUGCUUUGCCAAUUGUACAAUGUUUUGAUGCUGGUGGGAUGGGCACAGGACUGUGUGGGGCCCGGCCCCAUUGCUUCUCUUGAGGACCGAGUCAUUUCGGACUCUGCUUGGAGUGCGCAAAACUUUAUUCAAGGGCAGACGCUUCCUCUUUUCAUGACGUAAAGUGUAGAGAAACCGCCACCGCCACCCCAGCGCCCAGGGAAUAAGAAGGCUGGUAGCUGCUGAGUUUGAACUCCGUGCCUUGCUGUGAGGAGUUUUUCUCCCUGCGCUCAGCCACCUCUUUCUUUUCCUAGUCCAGUUUUUCAGCCAGUGUGAAAAGGAGGGAAAGGUCCUCACGGGGAUUCCUCUUGGUGUCGGUAUCACGGCCUGUAAGGCUUGAUACCCCAGCCUUGAAAGCUGAAAUGACUUAAAAGCGGUCAUGACUUGUGAGUAGCCAGGCUUUUCUAGGCUGACGGUGGUGUGGUGUGGUGUGGUGUGGUGUGGUGGAG